AUGGUACAAAGGUCUAAAUAUAAAGUACUACCUUAUAUAGAAAAAGGAAGAAUAUUAAUAAUUAAUAUCUGCGUAUCCUGUGAGUGAAACUAACCUCAAAUUACUUUAUUUAUGAAAACUGAAAAUCAAGCCGUUUUGAGCUAGUUUGUUAUUUUAAAACUAUAGAAAAUGUCAGCGAUAUUCAACCUCCAAAGUUUGUUAGUGGUAGUGCUCCUCGUAAUUUGUACCUGCACAUACGUAAAAUCUUUAUUUCCAAACCUUUUGGACAGGAAAAGAACGGGAAUUCUCAAGACACUUUGGAAGUGCGCAAGAAUCGGUGAAAGAAAAUCACCAUGGAUCGCAGUCUCUUGUCUUUCGAUGGCGUUUUCGAUACUUUUUUUAAAGUGACAAUAUUCAAUUAAUAAUAAUUAAAUAUAUAUUUUCAUUGUGGUUAGUUGAGAAUUAUUUAAGAUUAUUUAAGAUGCAUUUAGUAGCUAUGCAGUUGACAGUUAUUAAACACUUAACAUAUUAGCUCGUUUAAAAUUAAAAUCUUCUGUUAGUUGUAACAUAUAGAUAAAUGCAAUAUAUAUUACUAAUAUAAUGUUCUCUACAUAUGGAAAAAUAUAUUUUUUGGGAUUGAUUCAAAAAUGUGCUGUAGAGAGCUAGCCCGAAAGGUAUAUUUUGACACUAGUCAAGAAGUGUUAUUUAAAAACGGUUUUAAGAAUGACAUUUAAGAGUUGGAUACCACAUUGGAAAUAAAAAUAUUAGGAGCGACUGGACAUAAAAAUUUUUUUACUAGUUUUUAUAGCAGGUAAUCUUUUCUAAAAACCUGCACCUCUAGUCAAAAUUACUGCAGUAGUUAACGACCACAGCAGUUAACGAGAUCUGGGCAUAGUUUGCGAAAAUACUGCUGUAAAAAUGUUACAUCUAAACUGAAAUCUGUCGAAUUGACGAACUGUGAAAGGCCAUGUUCGUUGUUGAACGCCGCAAGGUCAUUGGUGAAAAACGCAAUUUAAAAUGACAGCGCGUGCGCAGAUGAAAUGGCCUAUCUCAAUAUUUUCAGUAUAGCAGGGUGCUCCUCUAUAUAUGUAAGUAUCUAGUAACUAUAUAUCCGCAUAUAAUGAUGAUGUCGCAGUGUGCGUUGGAUAUGAAAAUUGGAUUGUACGUCAAAAUUGCACACAUCGGUUCGAGUUAUAUUGUUACUAUAGAAAUAUAUUGAUACUAUAGCAACUUAUGAAGCAACCAUAAAAAAAUUGAGAAGGGCCAUUCAACAUGCACACGAGCAAGAUUUAAAAUUUCGUUUGUAACCAAUGACCUUGCGGCAUUGAACAACCAAUAUGGCCGCUUACAGAUCCUCAAUAAGUUUGGAAGGAUUUUAAAGCAGUAUUUUCUCAAAAUAUGUCUAGAUCCCAUUAAAUCUUAAGGCAAAGCAAAAUUAAGUAAAUGCAAUGAAAAUGGUGUAAAGGACAGAUUGGUGUUUGGAUGAGUUCUCGUCCGAACUACAUAGUAAAAUGAUAUGGACGGUUAUGUUUUGAGAAAUUGUUAUUUUAUUAUGGAUGAUGUUAAGUACGGUUUCUGACACAUGCAUUUCGGACGAAAACACAUCCAAAGGACCAUAAAUACGGACCAGUUCAUUAAUUUAAUGGAUUAAGUCAUUUUGUAGGUUUAAAUUUCAUAUGUAUUAUGUUACAGGCGUUUUCGAAUAACAAAAAAAACUUGUUUUAGUUAUUUAAGUUAUUUGCAUUGGGUAGCUAUACAGUGCAUGCACUACAAUGAAUAUGAAGUGCCCUAGUCAUAAUUAAUAAUUCAUAUUUAAUUUUCACCCAUUUGUCUUAUUAAAACUAAAAACUUCUCGAAAAUUCCCACAACGUUAGAGGCAAGUUGAGAUUAAGGUUGGUGAAGUG